UAGCAGCGAAGCCUCCGGGGUCGUCGCUCACCGGCUCCGAGGAUGGCGCUGCCAUUUGCCUUCGAGGAGUCAGUCUUCGAGGAGGGCGGCGGGGCGCCCAGGGGUCGCGGCCCCCUAGCUUCCCCUUACAGCGCCCGGUGCUGCGAGCCCGAGUGGUUUUGUGGGCAGGUGAACUGCCAGGACGAUCUCGAAAGCGUCAGCAUAAAAAAGUUCAGAGGAGAUCUGGCGUAUAAGCAGCAAGAAUUUCAGAAGGCUCUUGAGGAAUACUCCGGCUGUCUUGUACUGGCACCUUCCAGGAAUAUGGCCAUGAGAAGAGAUUUAAAAGAGAGCCAGGCCCGCUGUUUAGCUCAUCUGGGGAAACAUGAGGAAGCCUUGAGAAUUGCAGAAAACCUGAGAGAUGGGGCAACAAAUACCGACCAUGUAACAGCCAUACUUAAUCUGCAGUAUGGCAUUUAUCGCCUUCUGGAGGAUAUUGAGAAAAUAAUUGGGUGCUUACAAAGGCUGAUCUUGUUGCACCCAUUUCAUCCACGGACCUGGAAUUUGCUUGCUGAAGCUUAUAUGAGUUUGCUGCACUUUCCGGCCCCCUUGUCUGGGACUGAAGCUGGCAUGUCACAAAGCGAUGGCUCAAUCGCAGGCCCCUGCCUCCGCGGGUCGUCAGGAGAGGCCAGCUUUCCGUGUCAUCAAACACAGAGCCAGAGGAAGGAUGAUCCUUGGCUGUGUUCUGUCCACACUAACAACAGCCCUGGAUCUUCUUUGGAAUGCCAAAGUGUGCAGGGACCUAUUUGGACCCUGGGAAAUUCAGGACCACGACCCACCGUGAAGAGAGCUUCCAUGGGGCAGCGAAGAUUGAAAGAGAUUUGUAUCUAUGCCUGUGCCUCCUUUGUUAGAGCGAGGCUUUUGUUUCAGCUUAUGCAGUUGACUCAGUCCUCCUUUGCUUUAGAGAAUAACCUGAAAACGCAACAGGAAAUUGAAGACAAAGUCAGGUCUUUUGGAUGGGAGGCAGAUGUCUUGUCCUUGAUGACUGAGGCUAUAGGAGAAGAUCUUGUCCGGGACAAGCUGAAAGAGGAUGCUCAGGAAGAGGUGAAAUGCUUAUCUCCUUCAGCCUUGACAUCCAUCAUGACUACGUCAGCCGUGGAGUUUGAGAGAAAAUGGUUCCGGAAGCUCAGAGGCUGCCUUUCUCAGAUGGACCAUCACACGUAACACCAAGUGGCUGCGCUGAAGUUCUUGUUCCAUUUUGGGGUUCUGUUUAUCUCAUCUGUUGAAAGCCCUUGUGCAGAAGUGGCUUAAAGGUCUCCACAGUGGGCCACCCAUAUUUUAGCUUGCCAAGGGAACAUGUGAACAGGAACUCAGCUGCAACUUCUGUUGUAGCUUGUGUGGUUCACACUGGAGUAUUUUUACCAUUGGGAAGGAUGAGCCUCUUCUGAAAAGCAGAUUAACACCUGGCUCUUCUCAUCUCGGUUUUUGCCAGCUGUGGUGCCAUCACUGUUUCUCAAUGGACCUUGACCACCACGUGUCUAAAUAUCUGGGAGUAUCGUUCUGUUCAACAGACCUUUAAUUCGUCACCAUUUGAAAACUUUUAGGCAACAGAGAAUAAGGUGUUUUUUUUUUAUCACUAUCACUGCUUUGGAAGUGGUACACAAAUAUUUUUAAUGAAUAAUAAAAUUAAAAUGUAAAAACA